ACAGUGACAGUUGGUCACAUUGCAGUGUUUUAGGAGAACAACAGUAGGCACAUAAGGGAGGUCGUAUUUUAAAUAGUGAUCCGUUAACUUAUUUCGAUGUAUUAAUCAAUACAAGCACUGGAAUUUAAAGAAAACCCAAUAAACUUACGUGAAAUGUUUCUAAACAUCGUUAUUUUAUUCGUCCUCUGACAUGCAUCGACUUUAAAAUCCAAACGAAUCUCGGCAUUUUGACAGCUGCAAACGUCAGUCAUGGAAUUCGAUCUAAGCAAAGAAAAUAUUCAACCCCUUCGCGGUGGCCGUAAUGCUAGCCGGUUAGGAGUCGCACUGCAAGCACAAGGCAAUGAGGAAUUUCAAAGAGAGCUUAUAUCACAAAAAGAGAAAUUUGAAAACCUUAUUAGAAACUAUCAAGGCAAUGACCCGCUGGAAAACUGGUACCAGUACAUUUGUUGGAUAGAACAAAGUUAUCCCAAACAUGGACACGAAGGCAACUUGGUACAAGUACUAGAGGAUUGUUUGACAAAAUUCGAAAACGAAAAAUGUUACAUGAACGAUUUUCGAUUAUGUAAAUUGUGGAUAAAAUACAACGAUUUACAACCAAAUCCAGUCGAGUUGUAUCAAAUGAUGCAUUCGAAAGGGUUGUGUAAGGGCUGUGCUGAUCUAUAUCGAGCAUGGGCAUAUUAUUACGAAGCAGCUGGCGACUAUCGCAGUGCCGAUUCGAUUUUCCAACUUGGCAGAAGUGAAUACGCUCAACCCCAGCAAGAAUUAAUAAUGGCACAUCAAAACAUGAUCUUUGCUGCUGGCCAACAAGUCAUAUCUGGUGUAAACGAGCAACGACUAUUAGAACAGCGGCACGCUUUAACUACCCUCUGUCCAUAUGCGCCUGGUAAAGUAGGCAGUGAGCGUUCUAUAAGCAGUGCCGGACCUGGCAUAGUACCCAGUACAUCGUCGAGUUCAAGAUCAAACAUUGGAUUAAGUGUGUACGAAGACAGAGAGAAUAGCGUAAGGGAGGUGGCAGCACCGCCUUCGAGUAUUCUGAGUGUAGCUAAACGUCAAAUUGCACCUAAAGAAAAUGCUAUUAAAGCCGGAAUGUGGACUGCACCUCAUUUGAAAGGUGUAGCCGCGCAUACCUCUAGAAUCCCAAAAUUUCAAGUUCACGUUGACAGCGAUGAAAAAAGAGGUCUUAUACUGCCGGCGGAAUUUUACCCUACGACCCACGAAGACUUCUCUUGUUGGAAACCUGUCUUGUGUUACGCCGAGCCGGACGAUCCCCAUAGAUUUCCUAUGUAUCCCAAAGCCAAAGUGUACUGCAAUCUGGAGACCGAAUUCAGUAUAGAAGAGAUUAGGGCCGCACGGUACCUGCCACGUUCGAAUGUUUCCUAUGUCGAAACGGCGCAAGCUAUUCAGUCCAUAUUGGGCGACGGCGUUAACACCAGCAAGCACAGGAUGCACGAUCUAACUCAGGAGGAACAUUUAUAUGAUCAAGGUGACGGAGACGGAUUGCAUCAUAUGUUUAUGUCGGGCAUGCAAGGGGAUGUUGUCCAGCAGCCAAUUUUACAAAAUCAUAAUAUUUACCAGCAGUUUGGAUGUUUGCCAGAAAUUCAUCAAGAGGUGGUCAGUGAGCAAUCUCUUCGUCACAUGGAGGAUAACAGAACUCGUAGACCAGAAGACAAAACAAGGAUUUUUGGUCAAAACAUGGAAGAGCCACUGAUAACAUUCCACACGUCAGCCCAAAACAAGAUCGACCCUAAUAACAUCGAUUUUGGCAAUGAGAUAAAUGAUCUUUGGGGAUCAGCCAUCAACGAUACUUUAAGCGUGUCAGUUCACCCGCCUCAACAUAAAAAUGUAUCAAAAUUUUCUAUCUACGAAGAAUCGAAAUAUCAGGAUCACUUGCAACCUAAAGGGAGCGCGAUGAAGUCCGCUCCGUUUAAGGUGUUGAGCGACGAAGACUUGGCCGAGACCGGUUCGAGGGGAGGCCACGAUAUAGCGGCAGCUGCCCAACCUGGCGACGAGGCGAAAAGGAUAGUUAUUUUCGAAGAUGAAAGCAGUUCGUCCAUGACUGAGAUGGCGGCACCACCGGUCUCGCGUUUUUCAGAUUUAAACGCAACGUGCAACACGCAAGCUUUUAAUUUUAAUCUGAACGCCAUGAAAGUUAGUACUCCACAAGCGAAACAAGUGCACAUUUCUCCCACAUCUUCUCUGGAUGCUCCUCGCAAGCAAUUAUUUUCGGCGGAAAUAGAGACGGGACCCGUCAAACUUGGUAAUCGAUGUUCUACUAUUGUUGAGGAAACUUCUUCAAAAAGCUAUGGUUCGAGCAGUGGAGGUUCGAUCAAAUCAAAUACAUUCAACAACUCAAAAAGGGAAAACAUGGCCAUUAGAGCCGACGAAAGUAGCAGUUAUCAUUUCAAUUUGGCGCAAAACUUACGAGCGAACGCUGCUUUACGAACCAGCGUUCUAGAAGUAAUGGACUGCGAAUCGGGACAGAACAGCCCUGUUACAGAGACUCCUAUCGCCCCCUUAGAAACGGCACCAUCCGAUCCGUUCAAACCUGCUCUCCUAAAACAGCUGCUCAACCGAGUCGGAUUCCCGGGACGUUACGACGGCAGUUAUAUUCAAAUAAAUUCGGUUCCUCGUAUAACAGUGCGGAAAGAGGUAACCGUCAUUGGUGAAGACAAAUAUCUGGUGAAUACAAGACUGGGUGAAGGAACGUACGGCCAAGUUUACAAGGCACUAGAUUUAUGCACUAACCGAGCGGUCGCAUUAAAAUUACAAAAACCUCCAAAUUGUUGGGAAUACUAUAUUUGUAAGGAACUGCAAGUUCGUCUUGCAAAACAUCCUCUGAAAGAAUGCUUUAUGGAUAUACAAUUAGGUUACUUUAGUGAUCAAAUAUCAGUAUUUGUCUCAGAAUUCUGCCCAAGCGGAUCACUACUCGAUGUGGUCAAUUCAUUUAAAAGAAAGACAGGGUAUACGAUCAAACAAUCGGUCUGCAUGUACUUUUGUAUCGAAAUGCUUAAAAUUGUCUCUGCCAUGCAUAAAGCCAAAAUCAUACAUGCAGAUAUUAAGCCGGAUAAUUUUCUAGUCUACAUCACGUCCGAAUCGACUUUACAGCUUCAAUUAAUCGAUUUCGGAUGCAGCAUAGAUAUGACGCUCUUUCCUCCAGGAACCAGUUUUCAACGUCGAAUCACCACUAAAGACUUUAUUUGCUGCGAAAUGCAAGACGGUCGUCCGUGGAGCUACCAUACUGAUUUGUUUUGUGUUGCGGCAACCGUUCACGUAUUGCUGUUCGAUAAAUACAUGCAACUGCAGAAAAAUGGUGCUCACUGGUCCAUCACCCAACGGUUUUCCAGAUACAUGAGGCAGGAUUUGUGGAACGAAUUUUUCAGUAGGCUACUAAAUCAACAAGAUGGGCCGGCCAAUCCGGAUAAGCUAGUAGAAAUUAUGAACGACGGUAUAAAUAAAGGGAGAGACGAAUUAAAUAUGGAGAUGCGUAAAUUAGUAAACAUACUUAGCAAUCGAUAGUUACGUAAAAUAAUUUCUUUAAAUAAAUGUAACUUAUAUUUUGA